GAGGACGCGACUGUUUACAAACAGCCGUAACCGCGUUUCAUGUGAGCCCAGCUCGUUCUGCGGGGAAGUAGUCGGAGGAUGGACACGGAGAAGUCUCGGCCCUAUUUCUUUGGCGACAUCGGCUGCUGGGCGGAGCGAACAGAGGUGCACAAGGCAGCGUCGCUCGGCCAGGCCUCCCAGCUGGAGGAGCUCAUUCAGGGCGGAGCCUCGGUCAACAUGGUGGCCGUGGAUUCCAUCACAGCGCUGCACGAGGCGUGCCUCCACGGACAGGCCAGGUGUGUGCAGCUGCUGCUCGAGGCUGGAGCUCAGGUGGAUGCAAGGAAUGUGGACGGGAGCACCCCGCUGUGUGAUGCCUGUUCAGCUGGGAGUUUGGAGUGUGUGAGGCUUUUGCUGCAGUACGGAGCCAAGGCGAACCCUGCCCUCACCUCCCGCACAGCCUCCCCCCUGCACGAGGCCUGCAUGGGAGGAAACUCUGAGUGUGUGAAGCUGCUGAUCUCCAUGGGAGCUUGUCUCGAGGCGUAUGACCUUUACUACGGCACCCCGCUGCACGUGGCCUGUGCUAACGAGCACACGGCCUGUGUUAGAGAGCUGCUCAAUGCAGGCGCUAAAGUGAACGCCGCCAGGCUGCACGAGACUCCGCUGCACCACGCCGCUAAAAGCAUGCGGGUGGAGACGAUCGAGAUGCUGGUGGAGUUUGGAGCCAACAUCUACGCUCGAGAUCAGCACGAGAGGAGACCCGUGGACUACACCACUUCUCAGGUGAAUAUCUCCUUCAUAGAGCAGGCCUUGUGCAGCGUCUCUGACCUCUGA